UUUUCGGUAUUGUCUAUUUUUUACAUAUUCAACAUAUUUUCUUCGGUGCCGCGCUUUAAAAUCAAAUAUCAGCAAAUAAUUUGUUUAAAAAUUGCUAAUACAUUGUGUGGUUUAUGUAGAAAACAAUAAAUCAAAUAUCUCCAUUGAAGGAGCCCAUAAAAAUACAGUAAUCUUAGCGUAACUACUUCAUUGAAGCGUAAUAAAAAUGUUCGGCACUUUGAAUAACUAUUUGUCGGGUGUUCAAAGAGCUUGGUCCGUCCAGGAUGGAGAGACGGUGGCGAGUUUUUUGUCGUUGAAAGACAAACACAUCAUGAAUAGGAAUCUAUAUCUAUUGGAACCAGAAAACUAUGUUGAACGACAGUUGGAUCCACCAAUCGAUGAGGUAGUUGUCUCCCAUUUAAAAGUUCUCUACCACCUCAAUUCAGAAAGUCGAGACCACAUGGAGGCAUACAAAAACCAAAUGGUGUGUAUUCAGAGCGUUGUGAAAAUGUUGCAACAACUUAAGGAGGAGAACUGGUGUCUGCCAAUUAUGUAUACGACUUGUCUGGAUUUGAGGGUCUUAGCCCAGAGAUGUGAAGUCAAUGGGAAAGUUUCCACACCCGGCGAGAUAUUAGAGAAAGCAGCUGAAAGCUUAAUGAGUUGCUUCAGGGUCUGUGCAGCUGAUAAUAGGUCCUCUGAUGAAGACACCAAACGCUUGGGAAUGUUAAAUCUAGUAAAUCAAUUGUUCAAAGUCUACUUCCGAAUCAACAAGCUUCAUUUGUGCAAACCACUCAUCCGUGCCAUCGAUAGUUCAGCCUUUAAGGAUUCAUUUCCCCUGCAAGAGCAAAUCACCUACAAGUACUUUGUCGGCCGAAAGGCUAUGUUCGAUUCGGACUACAAGAGCGCCGAUGAGUUCCUUAGCUUUGCAUUUCAAAAAUGUCCUCGCAAAUUCUACAAAAAUAAGCGCCUUAUUCUCAUAUACCUGGCCCCGGUCAAGAUGCUACUGGGCUACAUGCCAAAGAAUGAAGUUCUCCAAAAGUACGAUGUUUUGCAAUUUCAUGAGCUAGCAAACUCCAUCAAAAAAGGAAACGUUCGAAAAUUCGACGAAGUAAUUCAAAAACACGAAACUUUUUUCAUAAAAUGUGGAAUCUAUUUGUUGGUGGAGAAGUUGAAGUUCAUGGUGUAUAGGAAUCUCUUCAAAAGGGUUUAUCUUAUCAAGGGUACCCAUCAAUUGGACUUGGAGAGUUUUCGUUCUGCAUUGGAUUUUGUUGGAGAGGAGGACAUGUCUAUGGAUGAGACGCAUUGUAUUGUUGCUAAUUUGAUAUUUGAGGGCAAAAUUAAAGGAUACAUUUCGCAUAGCCAUAACAAGUUGGUCGUAUCCAAACAGAACCCAUUUCCCGCGCUUAACACCGUUUCAUAAUAGAACUGAAUUUUCUUCCAUUUUAAAUAAAAAUAAUUUAAAUACAAA